CGGGUGGCCGCGGCUGUCCGGCGGGAAGGAGCGGGACCGCGGCGAGGGGGGCGGGAGGCGUGCGGAGACAUUGAGAGGGAGUGGAGUGGACGGCCUGAAGUCGUGCCGGCUCGAGUGGGAGGCAGAAGUGGAGCUUGAAGUUGGAAAUCGGGUCGCGGGAGAGAACGCCGAGGGGGGAGUGGCUGAGAGGAAGGGCCCGGAGCUGCUGGACCAACUAUAGAACUGCGCCAAAGAAAAAAGCCAAAGUCUUCAGAAAAUAAAGAAUCUGCCAAAGAAGAAAAUAUCAGUGACACUCCAGUUCCUGAAAGAGCUCCAAAAUAUAUAUUAUUUCAGCGCUUUGCAAAGAUAUUCAUUGGCUGUCUUGCAGCAGUUACUAGUGGUAUGAUGUAUGCUCUCUAUUUAUCAGCGUAUCAUGAACGGAAAUUCUGGUUUUCAAACAGGCAGGAGCUUGAACGGGAAAUCACAUUUCAGGGUGAUAGUGCCAUUUAUUACUCUUACUAUAAAGAUAUGUUAAAAGCACCUUCAUUUGAAAGAGGUGUGUAUGAACUGACGCACAAUAACAAAACUGUAUCUCUGAAGACUAUAAAUGCAGUUCAGCAAAUGUCUCUAUAUCCAGAACUUAUGGCCAGCGUUUUAUAUCAGGCAACUGGUAGCAGUGAGAUUAUUGAGCCAGUAUAUUUCUAUAUUGGCAUUGUUUUUGGAUUGCAAGGAAUAUAUGUUACUGCUUUAUUUGUUACAAGUUGGCUUAUGAGUGGAACUUGGCUAGCAGGAAUGCUAACAGUUGCAUGGUUCAUUAUUAACAGGGUAGAUACAACAAGAAUUGAACACUCCAUUCCUUUAAGAGAAAACUGGGCACUACCGUAUUUUGCAUGCCAAGUUGCUGCACUUACAGGCUAUUUAAAAAGCAACUUAAAUUCUUAUGGAGAGAGGUUUUGCUACUUGUUGAUGAGUGCUUCAACUUACACCUUUAUGAUGGUGUGGGAGUACAGCCACUAUCUCCUGUUUCUUCAAGCAAUAUCUCUCUUCUUGCUAGAUAGUUUUUCACUGGAGCAGAGUGACAAGGUUCAUGAAGUUUAUAAAAUCUAUAUAUUUUCUCUCUUUCUGGGAUAUUUACUGCAGUUUGAGAAUUCAGCUUUAUUGGUAUCUCCUUUAUUAAGUUUAGUAGUAGCCUUAAUGCUUGCUAAGUGCCUUCAGCUGAAUGUGAAGAAAGGAACUUUUGUGGCUAAAAUAAUGAAAGUGAUUAAUUUUUACUUGGUGUGUACUCUGACAGUGACAUUGAAUAUUAUAAUGAAGAUGUUUGUCCCACACAAAGAAAAUGGACAUAUGCUGAAGUUCCUUGAAGUAAAAUUUGGACUAAAUAUGACUAAGAAUUUUACAAUGAAUUGGCUCCUAUGUCAAGAAUCCCUUCAGGCACCAUCUCAAGAUUUUUUUUUGCGAUUGACACAGUCUUCUUUACUACCUUUCUAUAUUUUAGUGUUAAUUAUUUGUUUUCUUUCUAUGAUUCAAGUUAUUUUUAGGAGAAUUAAUAGUGAAAAACACAUUUCUUUCGGUAGUGAUAAGUCCCUGAAAGAGACUGUCGCGCUUGAAGAUGGACGAAUUGGAGAAAGGCCAGAAAUAAUUUAUCAUGUGAUUCACACUAUUUUACUGGGUUCUCUUGCAAUGAUUAUAGAAGGCUUGAAAUACCUGUGGACUCCUUAUGUGUGCAUGUUAGCAGCGUUUGGUGUAUGUUCUCCUGAACUUUGGAUGACACUUUUCAAGUGGCUUCGAUUACGAACUGUACACCCAGUAUUGUUGGCUCUUAUUUUGAGCAUGGCUGUGCCCACUAUAAUAGGUCUCAGCUUAUGGAAAGAGUUUUUUCCAAGAUUAAUGACAGAACUAAUGGAACUACAAGAAUUUUAUGACCCAGAUACGGUGGAACUUAUGACCUGGAUAAAAAGGCAAGCUCCAGUUGCAGCUGUGUUUGCAGGAAGUCCACAAUUAAUGGGUGUGAUUAAAUUAUGCACCGGAUGGAUGGUGACAAGCUUGCCUCUUUACAAUGAUGAUGAUCUUCUCAAGAGAAAUGAAAACAUCUAUCAAAUCUAUUCAAAGCGAUCUGCUGAGGAUAUUUAUAAAAUACUAACAUCAUACAAGGCUAGUUACCUAAUAGUAGAAGAUGCUAUCUGCAAUGAAGUGGGAACCAUGAGAGGCUGUCGGGUUAAAGAUUUAUUAGACAUUGCGAAUGGCCAUGUGGUUUGUGAAGAAGGUGACAAGUUAACCUACUCAAAACAUGGACGAUUUUGUCAUGAGGUCAAAAUUAACUAUUCUCCCUAUGUGAAUUAUUUCACUAGAGUAUACUGGAACAGAUCCUACUUUGUAUAUAAAAUCAACACUGUGAUAUCCUUUCAGUCUUGAAAAAUAGCAGAGCCUUCAUUUCAAAGACUUAUAUACCACCUGAAGUAAAAUACAAUUUUCUCCUACCUAUGUGGUAUCUUUUGGAAAUCAGAGUGUGGACAUUGAAAUGUUGCUGCUGAUUUUCCCUCCUGCUGUUAACUGGAUCUAGAGUUCUGUGGAGGAAAGAAGAUCAAACAUUACUGUCCUUUGGUAAAAUGUCAGAUCUGCCACUCUGCAGUAUUCCAGCCAGGUGUCUUCCUUAUUGCUAUAAUUUUACCUUCCAAACUGUUGUAAAAUUUUCCUCAUAAAUCUUUCCAUCAUAACAUUAGUCUUGAAUUUGAAUAUGUUCAGGGUCAGAGUAUGUCUCAAACAUAACAUUUAGCAAAUACUUAAUGUGAUAUAAUUACAAAAUAGAAGGAAAGAAUUAUCCUUACCCUCAAGGCAGUUUCUGAAGGUAUUUCAUGAUGUAUAAUAGAGCUGAAGUAAAAAACUAAUUUAAAUGUUCACUGAGAAUUUGUGGCAUUUAAAUUAAAAUGGAAAUUAUAUAAAGGAAAGUGAUUUUUAAGGAUAUACAUUAAGAUAUAUCCAGAUUUUCCAUGGUAUAGCUUUCAUCAUCUGCUGCUUAUAUGUGAGCACUUUCUUAAUAAUAUAUAGUGCUUGAUAUUGCAUUUCACUACAUUAUGACUAUUAAGUGGUUGGUUUUUUCACUUAUGCCCAUAAAUUAGAUACCAACUUAAAUCAUGAUAAAACAGUUAACUCUUGUUACCUAUGUAUUUUUUUAAAACAGACAUUUAAAAGAAUAUUGCUUUAAGUUAAAAAAUAAGGAAAAAAACAAAAGAAUGUUCAAGGGUUUUAAAAAUAUGGAUAUGGAGUAUAUAAUCUAUUCAUGUGUUUUCUAUUGAAGUAUGAAGUAAAAACUUAAAUCUUUAUCAGAAUGAGAACAUGUCCACUAAAGUGAGCAGCAGUUUCUGGAGAUGUGUGUAGAUGCUGUUGAACAUGCCUCUGCAUAGAGAAGCAUUUGUGGUAAAACACAAGUGCUGUUCCUUGUGAAAUGGUGAUACGGUUUUCAGCGUUAAGAACAAAAUGACAAUUAUCAUAAAAUUCACAGCACAGUUCCACAGUCUGUGUUCCUUUUCCUAUUUUUAAUCAUAUUUAAAAGAAAUUCUAAAAUGAUUAAUUUGGCCUUACAAAGAGUUUCAGGAUGGGUGUAUCACUUUAAUAAGACAGGAUGCAGGUUUAGUUUUACCUUAUACACCUGUUAAGUGAACAGAUUUAAAAUAUUUUCACUGGUUAGAGUGCUGCAAAAAUUGCAGUUUCAUCACUCUAAAUUACUAUAUUUAGAAAUGGAAAUAUUUAGAUAUUGGAAAUAUUUAGAUAAUGGAAAGGAGUAUCUUUCCAUUAUCUUUAUGUUCUGUAAUAUAUCUUUUAAAACUACAAGAGCUCAUGCAUUCUUAGACUAACUCAGAUGUUUUGUUCUUUUGGAGCUUAAGAAUUGUUUGAUGGCAGUAUCAUAUGUCUGGUGCAUUAGUUUUAUUGGUUCUCAUGUCAUGCUUUUAUGUAAUGUUUAGCAGCUAUAUUAAGAUAGCUACAGGCAGGCUAUUUCAGCUUCUCUGGACAUCUUAAUAGUCACUAGUAUUUAGCUUCAAGCCUUAUAAAAAUAUUACCAUAGUUACCUAAGAACGCAGUGUACAGAAGUACAUGGUAGUACUUAUGAUUAGAUGCAGCAUGUAAAACAAUGCAAUUGAAAAGAUGGCUUCCAUAUUUUGAAAGAGAGAUAGAACAACCUACUUUCUAUGUAGCAUGAAAUACUUAAUUUAAUUUUUACUGAUUUAUGAUCAAAUAUGCUGAAUUUUGAUUGUUGUGUGUUUUUUAUUUUUGACAUUAGUAAGUUGCUUUUGCUUCUAUCAACUUAUUUCUUAAAUAAAAUAGGUUUGGAGCAGCUUUUAAUUGAAUAUUUUAAAUAAUGAAUUUUUCAUUUAGCAUCAGUUGAAAAGAAAAAUGUGAGCUUUAUUAUAGAAAUAAUAAUACUGGGUAUGGAAGAUAAGCUCAUUUGCUUCUAUUUUAGCUCUAGUUAGAACAGUAGUGCUAGAAAACUUGAGCAUUUAAUUAAUUUCCUUACUUAUUUGUAGAGUAACAAAUGAUUAGAAUUAGAUCUACUGUGAAAGGGGCAAAGUUUAUGGGCUUGGGGUUGAAAGAAUUUCUUAAAGAAAUACAAAACAUACUUUGCCCUUGAUGUUGCAACACCAUGGAAAUAAGUGCCUUAACCUUAUUUCAAAGUUUACUUUUUACUAUUAAAAAAUGACCCAUUUCUUUCAUUUUCAUAAAAAAAUUUUGGUACCUUUUCCCUCAUCAUUAAGCACAGAGAAAGAAUCCUCAGUAUGCUAUUUUCACUGUUAACUUUAAUUCAUUAGUAACCAAAUCUUUGUUAAAGGUAGUGAUGGGAUUUCUAGCCUGCUAAAUUAAUUAAAUAAAUUAAUUAAGCUAAAUAAGCUUCCCAAAUGCCGAACAAUCCAACAGAUAAAACUUACUUGAUAAGAUGUAUGAUAUUGACUAUGCUGGUGUAUAUGUUUUCUGACUUUGGCAUCUGUGUUAGACUGGUAGAGUUUUACAACCUAGGGAGUAUGCAUUGCACUUAUAAAUUUUUUUCUUCAUUACUUUCUGAGUAUAUAAACAGCAUGUUUUUGGGGACAUUAACUCAAAUUGCUAAAAAGCAUAAUAUGACACUCUUCCAUACAGUCUAGAUUGACUAAAGGAAAAAUAGAAAUGGAGGUCAAAGUCUGUUACAAGUUGGGGCUGAAAAAUAUGCUUUAAAAGAUAGGCUAUUAAUUUAUUGAACAGCAAAUAGCCAUCUUAUUAAACUUUGUCAUUUUGGGGAAAUCAGUUGCUUUUUGCCUUUUUCUAUUUUUGAGCUGUUAAAACAUUUUGAUGCCUUUUAGGGGUAAAAGUAGUGUCUCUGUAAAAUUAUUGGGUUUUUAAAAGUUGUAGGUUAAUCAGUUUUAUUUGUAAAUUUACUUAAGUGUAUGAAUGUUUAAAGGGCAUUUAAAUGAACUAUUCUGUGCAUUUAAGAACCUAUUGUAAAGCAAAAUGACUACUGCAUCUCAAUCUAUUUUCUCAUUUGUCCCAGUUUUUAAAAUAUACUUUCUCUAUUAUUACUGUUUGCUGAUAGUUUUAGAUCCCAAUAUAUAUUAAAAUUAGAGCCCUGAAAAGUUGCAAUUAAAAUUGAACAAUUUCUUAUUGAAAUAAUAGCUCAUUAUUUAGUUUUUGAAUGUAUAAAAUUAAUAAUUUAAAUAAAAUUAAAUGUGAAAAUUGCAAAGAAAUAUAUUUGAUUCAACUAUUUUCCAUCCGUUAAGAUUUCUAAACAAUAUAUUUGUUUACCAUAAUUUUAAAAAAGGACACUUUUGAACCAGAUUUGCUGAAUUUAGAAUAAAGGACUUCCUGAGUCA